UGUUCUUCCAAAAUAUAGCGAUAAAUUGACUGGAAUUCUCCGAUAAAAUACUAAUUCCGGAAUGCAUUGGGCAUAUUACUGUAAUUAUGAGAUUCUUAUUUCAGCUAUCGCCAAUCAGCUAUCUUCUUUCUCUUCUCUUAUUAUCUGUCCAUCUUCCGGCUUCCUAAUGCCUACUGGUAGGAAGCUUUUCCAUUCUUCAAAGGUUCCAACCUUGACCCUUCUCUUCUCCGUCAUUGUAAAAUCUCACACUCUCCUCUCUGUUUUUCCUUCUCUUGUGUUUCGUCUUUUCAAACUUUCCCCAGUUGCAUUCAUGGCUUUUUAAUUAGCAGAAAAGGUAAGCCUUACAAAACCCAUUUCUCUGCCUUCCUUGGAUUUGCUCCAAAGGUCAACUUUUUUUUUUCUAAAAUUUUCUCCUAGUGAUGGUUUUAGCUUUGCUUUGGUUCGCUUUUCUUCUCCUCUUCAAUUCUUCUGCUCUUGUGGAUUCUUUGAAUGGUGAAGGAUUUACUCUUUUGUCGUUCAAACAAUCCAUCAUAGAAGACCCAGAAGGGGCUCUCAUUAACUGGAACUAUACCGAUGAGAACCCAUGCUCGUGGAAUGGGAUUACAUGUAGAGAAGACAGAGUUGUUUCUCUUAGCAUACCAAAAAAGAGACUUGUUGGGCUUCUUGAUCCUGUUCUUGGAUCGCUUACUGCGCUUCGCCAUGUUAAUCUGAGGAACAACAAGCUCUAUGGAAGUUUACCGGUUAAGAUCUUCGAAGCGCAAGGCCUUCAAAGCCUGGUGCUGUAUGGAAAUUCCUUAUAUGGGUCCAUUCCUCCUGAGAUUGGCCAGCUCAGGUACCUUCAGACCUUAGAUUUAUCGCAGAAUUUCUUGAAUGGUUCGAUACCCACUUCGCUUCUUCAGUGCAAGAGAUUAAGGACCCUGGGUCUCAGUGAAAACUAUUUGACUGGUUCCCUGCCAGAUGGGUUUGGUACUAGUCUGAUUGCUCUGGAAAAACUCAAUCUUUCCUUCAAUGGCUUGAACGGUUCAAUUCCUAGCGACAUGGGUAAUUUGUCAAGCUUGCAAGGAACCGUUGAUCUUUCCCAUAAUCACUUCACUGGUCCAAUCCCAGAGAACCUUGGGAAACUUCCUGAGAAGGUAUAUAUUGAUCUCUCCCACAACAACUUAAGUGGGUCGAUACCCCAGAAUGGUGCUUUAGUUAACAGAGGACCAACGGCGUUUGUUGGGAACACAGGGCUCUGUGGACCUCCAUUGAAGAUUCCUUGUUCUCCUGAUGCGAGCUCUCCAUCCUCAUUUCCUUAUAUACCUACCAAUUACCUGCCUUUGGCGCCGGACAGUGCUGCUGGUAAGAGUGGCAAAGCCAGAGGACUGAGUAAACGUGCGAUUAUUGCAAUCGUGGCGAGUGAUAUGGUUGCAAUUUGCCUCAUUGGGUUGUUGUUCUCUUACUGUUAUUGGAGAGUAUGCGCUUGUGGGAAAGAUAAGGAUGCGGACGAUGCCAAUUUUAUGAAGAGUUGGAAGAGGAGAAAGGAGUGUUUGUGUUUUAGGAAAGAUGAGUCCGAGACAAUGUCGGAAAAUGUUGAGCAGUGUGAUCUCGUGCCAUUGGAUAUGCAGGUGGGUUUCGAUCUGGACGAACUUCUCAAGGCUUCUGCCUUUGUUCUGGGAAAGAGUGGAAUAGGGAUUGUAUACAAAGUUGUGCUAGAAGAUGGGCUCACCUUAGCAGUGAGAAGACUGGGAGAGGGUGGUUCUCAAAGGUUUAAGGAGUUCCAGACUGAAGUAGAAGCAAUUGGCAAGCUCAGGCAUCUCAAUAUUGUAACCCUUAGAGCCUAUUACUGGUCCAUCGAUGAGAAGCUACUCAUAUAUGACUACAUACCCAAUGGCAAUCUUUCUACCGCACUUCAUGGGAAGGCUGGAAUGAUAUCAUUUACACCUCUAUCCUGGCCAAUUAGGCUGAGAAUCAUGAAGGGAAUAGCAAAAGGAUUGGCUUAUCUGCAUGAAUUUAGCCCUAAGAAGUAUGUCCAUGGAGAUCUAAAGCCCACCAAUAUAUUGCUUGGACAGAACAUGGAACCCCACAUUUCCGAUUUUGGAUUAGGACGGCUUGCCAAUAUAGCUGGGGGAUCCCCAACACUGCAGUCCAAUCGAAUGACCUCUGAGAAACCAUAUCAGCAACAGAAUGCGUCAUCUGAAGUUGCUUCGGUUAGUCCAACCAUGAACUCUGCAUCUUGUUAUCAAGCACCUGAAGCUCCAAAAAGUGUCAAGCCAUCGCAGAAGUGGGAUGUCUACUCAUACGGGGUAAUUUUACUAGAAAUGAUAUCUGGAAGACCGCCCGUGGUUCAAGUUGGUACAACAGAAAUGGAUCUGGUUGGUUGGAUUCAGCUCUGUAUUGAAGAAAAGAAACCACUCUGGGAUGUGGUAGACCCCUUCUUUGCUCGAGAAUCUGACAAGGAAGAGGAGAUGGUUGGGGUGUUAAAAAUUGCUCUGGCCUGUGUGCAAACCAACCCUGAGAAAAGGCCGUCAAUGAGACAUGUAUGUGACGCUUUGUACAGAUUGACUAGCUCAGUGGGUUGAGAAACCUGGAUUGCCCACGCAUCGAACAUGAAGCGCUGAUCAUAAGGCGUGAGAUGACUACUAUUGUAAAGGUUUAAUCAGUUAAAAACUUGAUCCUCUGUAUCUGUUAUGCCUGUGUGUCAAUUCACAAUUGAACUAAUUGUUUGUUGUUUUCUCCCAUCUCA